AUGACCUCGCGAAAGACCCAGCAAGAGAUCGAAAAGACCUUCAAGAAGGUCGCCGAGGGCAUGGCAACCUUCGAAGGGAUUUACGAGAAGAUUAAAGUUGCGAACAACACAACGCAGCGGGACAGAUUAGAAGAGAAUCUAAAACGCGAAAUCAAGAAACUACAAAGAUUUCGAGAUCAGAUUAAGACGUGGGCUGCAGGCAAUGAAGUCAAGGAUAAGACACCUCUGCUGGAGCAGAGAAGAGCUAUUGAAACCUGUAUGGAACAAUUCAAGGCAGUCGAGAAAGAUUUGAAGACCAAGGCGUACUCGAAAGAAGGCUUAUCAGCUGCCUCCCGACUCGAUCCGAAAGAAAAAGAAAAAGCUGAAUGUUGCGAUUUUCUGUCGAAUAUGGUUGACGAGCUCCAACAAAGAAUCGAAUCUAUGGAGGCCGAGGAAGAAGUGAUUCAGGCAUCACUGAAGAAAGGGAAGAAGGACGUGACAAAGGCCAAUCGCUUAGCAGACAUAUCGCGAGUGACCGAACGACAUAAGUGGCAUGUGAACAAACUCGAAUUACUACUACGGUCGCUCCAAAAUGGAAAUGUUGAGGUAUCGCAGGUCGUCGACUUGAAGGACAGUAUAAAAUAUUAUGUCGAAGAUGGUCAUAAUAUAGACUAUUCUGGAGAGGAUGAGACGCUCUAUGACGACUUAAAUCUUGGCGACGAUGAAACGGCGUUUGGAAUUGGUCACGAUAACGACCGAGUGUCUUCGCAGGAUACACAAUCCCUACCAGACGAGGAACAGGAGGUACGGACGAAACCGAAGGCUGAUUCAGUAUCGGGACGAAGACCGUCGACGCAACUCAAAUCACCGCUCCCUGUACUCGCCACGCUCCAUCCCGCAACAACUUCAUCAACGACGUCAAGUCCUAUGAAACCAGCGCCUCUCCCGACUCGACUGCCAGGCGAAACGCUAAAAUAUGCAUCCGCUGCAGCGGCAGCUGCAGCGAGCGAUCGAAGCGGCGUCGGUAUUGCACCGUUGCCUCCCCCACCUGGUUCCAGUCCGGCAUCCUCAUCGGCAUUUCCUGUCUCAAAGGCUGGCUCGACAUAUUCCCCAGGCGUCACCUCAGUACAACUGGCAUCUCGUGUUGUAUCAACGCCUGAGCCGACUGAAAAGCCGUCCCGGACCGAAUCUCCAGCACCUACACAAGCAGCAAGUGUUAAGCCUGUAUCAGCAACACCAGAUCUGCCCAUACCCGCAGCGGGGAAGCAUGAAACGGCUCCUUCUAAAGCAACAUCCUCUCAGAUAGAGAAUGGCAACGUUUCAAAAGAAGAAACGACUCCAGCAGCAACGACGACGACGAAUGCUCAAGAUGAGUCAAUUUAUCACUUGCCCCCGGGACUGCAAGACUUGAUUCAAUCUUUUGAAGCAACAAAGACUCGUGGCGAGGCUAAUAUUUCGUCGGCAUCUGUGCAAAGACUUCUCGCAGCCUCACUAAAUUCUUGUCCAGAACCUGGAGAUGCAGAAAAACCACGGCAUUAUAAGCCCCAAAACCCCUACAACACACCGCUUUAUUACCCACAAGAACCUCUUCCGAUCUUUGACGAUCACCGAUUGUAUGAUACGGGACGUAUUGACACGGAUACUCUAUUCUACAUUUUCUACUAUCAGCAGGGGACAUAUCAACAGUAUCUUGCCGCAAAGUCAUUGAAGAACCAAAGCUGGCGAUUCCACAAACUCUACCAGACUUGGUUCCAACGACAUGAGGAACCAAAGAUGAUAACGGAAGAAUUUGAGCAAGGAACCUACCGAUUUUUUGAUUAUGAGAGCACUUGGAUGAAUCGAAGAAAAGCGGACUUCAAAUUUAUCUAUAAGUUCCUAGAAGAUGAUCUAUGA